UGGAGGCGGUGGUGGCCUCGGCGCUGGGGGUGGAGCCGGGCCACGUCACGCGCGACAUGGCCGCCGGCUUGGCGCGGCAGCAUGCGCCUGGGCGACAGCCUCCGGCGCCAGGCUGGCUGUCGCUCGAGGAGCAGCUGAUGCGCGCCGUCCUCUCCUCGCCGGGCGGCGCCAACGGCGGCGGCGGAGGCGGCGGCGGAGGCGACGGAGCGGGCACGCUCCACGAUUUUGUGCGAGGGUGGCGGGAGGUCUUCUGUGAGGCCCUCCAGCCGCGACAUCUACCUCCCGGCUGGAGCACGGAGCACCGCCGGCCGGUGCGGCCGGCCGUGGCCGACGCCGCUGCGAGAGUCGAGAGCGAGACCGCGGCUGACCCGCGAGAGCGUUUACAUGAUUGUAACACCGGGAGAUAGAGAGUGUGUGUGACCGCCUAGGG